CAGGCCCACGCUAUGCCGAACUGAGACUCGUAAAUAUUUCCGACACACUCAUUUUGCCAUUCGAUAUUAAAGACUGUCCUUUAAAAAAUAGAAAUGACAACUUAAUUCAAGGCGUUGUUUAUAAGCUGCCAUAUAAAUGUAAUUAAAAUGAGUUCCUCGGAAGUUAAUGCUGAAAAUAAACCAGUUGGGAGAUGUUUACUGGAUAACUGGGUAGAGGAGAGAGCAACUGCAUUGCUGGACAGUACUGGGACCAGAUUAGACAUCCACAAAAAUGGACACAGGGGAAUCCUUACAGUGGAUAUAACAUCUAAAGUAGUAAGUACAGUGAAAGCUGCCUACAUCACCCCUAAAGGAUCAGGGGUAAGAAAGAGAGGUUUACGAACUGAGCUGUUGGAGAAGGAUCUCAUCAAAAGGAUAAGUGAGCAGGUACACACAGAGCUCAACGCCGAGCCUUCGGCCCAUGAGCUGUGCUCCAUAACCAGAGCGGAUUACACAGCACAUGGCUUCAAGCCUGCCUGCCCAGCCGUGACCAUGGUCUGUCACAACACUCCGCUUUCACUGAUCAUGACUACAAAACUGAUCAGGCGAUCACUUUUUGGAGCGAAAACUACCAGAAGAUUCAGGGAAUGACACCAGUCAGAACUAGAGAUACUCCAUUUAAGAAGAAUGCCAGCUUCAGCACACCUAUUAACGAGAGUUUGGAUGACCUCACACCCUUCACUCCUGAGAAUUAUCCUAAAAUUUGAAGCAUUUGAUUUCUACUAUCAUGUUCACCCUCUUGUGCUAUAAAUGUAUAACCAAGGAAAAACUUUCAGUUUACCAACGAUUCAAAUAAAUUGCGUGCGUUUUAAUCCA